GUCCUCCUUUCCUUACCAGAAAGUUUAAAUGAACAUUUUUCUAAGCAACUUCUGCAUUGUAUGCUAAAUCCACUAUUGUAUAAACCCAGGCACCUUUUGUAGUUGUGGCAUGAUCUCUGAUAUAGUGUGCGUACUCUUCAUCACCAAAAUAUAUCUUUGAAGUUGAGUGAUUAAUGCACCAACGACCCGACACUAGGUGUACUCGGAAGCAUUUACAGCACCCAUCCUCGGUGACGAAUUUAUGUUUAUCUUCAAAUACAGACUAUAUAUUUCUCUUUUCUAAUUUAAUCGCUCCCUUUCAACAUAGACACCAACAAUGCCGUUGGAGAUAUGGGUCCACGCAACGCUAAGCUCAAAGGGGACGAUGUUUGUCCUGUUUGCCUGUCCACCACGAUUGGAUUCUAUUUAUAGGUGAUCAACUGUCGGCUUGACGUGGAUUCUCAUGGUGCCAACAAACCUUCGGACUUUACCCUCGGAGGUAACCACGGUGAUUUCCUCUUUUGUCAGAGCGCCGAGCAACAAAGAUACAUAGCAAUGCAUACGGAGCUCAUAUAAAUCAGCCUUCUGACCACCAUGCACGAACAAUCAUCGCAAUACAGCAAUAAACUCAUCGCCACAGUGCGUCGAUCAUGCCCCAAUUAAAGGUUCUCAUCUGCGGCGCGGGCAUUGCCGGCAAUGCCUUGGCCUUCUGGCUUUCGAAGAUGGGCCACAACGUUACGGUCGUCGAAAGACACUCGACUUUACGUGCCACCGGGCUCCAGGUAGACCUGCGAGAACCAGGGAUCACUGUCCUGCAGCGUAUGGGUCUGAUGCAUGAUUAUCGAGCUAAAGCCAUUCACGAACAAGGCAUGGAAAUUGUCGACCGCGCCGGCAAACGGAAGGCAUAUUUCUCCGCCAAUCGAUCCGGCUUAGGUAUGCAAAGCUUCACCACCGACUAUGAGAUCAUGCGAGGGGACCUCUGCCGACUGUUAUACGAUGCCACCAAGGACCGCACAACCUUCAUCUUUGGAACGUUGAUCGAGGACUUCACGCAGCGGGACGAUCACGUCGAGGUGUCCUUUUCCGAUGGCAAGCGAGAUCAAUUUGAUCUGUUAGUCGGCGCCGAUGGCCAAUGGUCACGGACGAGGAAUAUAAUUCUGGGAGCUGAGCCCGACCCCAACCACCCAUUGGGAGUCCAUAUCGGCUAUUUUACCACGCCCCGUCCGAUCGAGCCUGGCGAGGAAUACAAUGCGGCAAUCUAUAUUGCUCCCGGAAGGCGCUUUAUCUUCACGCGGCGGCAUAGUCCCCAUGCAAUUCAGGUGUACCUUGCCUGCAAGACCGAGUCGGAUCGACUGAAUAAUGCUCGCGGGAAUAUCGCCGAGGAGAAGGAGUGCCUGGCAGAGAUCUUCCGUGGUGCAGGGUGGCAGACGGACCGGAUUCUCAAGGAACUCGAAGCCGCGGAUGAUUUCUACUGCGAACGUUUAGGAGUUGUCAGAAUGGACGCUUGGUUUAGUCACCGAGUAGCCCUGGUGGGGGAUGCUGCGUAUUGCCCCUCGGCGACCACCGGGAUGGGAACGACUUCUGGUUUGGUAGGUGCAUACGUCCUCGCGGGCGAGAUAAAUAAGUCGCACCAAGCGAACAAGGGUUCGAAAGAGAGUCUUCCCCUCGCGCUGAAGGCCUACGAUGAUACAUAUCGACCCUUUAUGACCCAGGUUCAAAAGGGGAUCACCAAAGGCUCAACCUUCUGGGACUACACACCAUCGUCACAAUGGGGGAUUGCCCUUCUGCACCUUGUCUUAUCGGUAGCUGCUUUUCUUAGAUUAGAUAUCCUGAGCCAGUGGGUUAUUCGUGAGGAUGAGAAGUGGCCUCUGCCUAAUUAUGAUAUGUAGUAUUUUGGUGUUUCUAUAUGAUAGUUAAGGCAACUCUCUUCUCUUAGCCUCUCUGUCUUCCUCCCUCUGCCCUUGGUUUCUUCGCGAAUCCCACUAUUGAUGUAGUAGCAAGAAUACUAGUAUCUUGUCUCCAUGCCCGAUAUAUCUCAUCCUGACGGGCAUCUUCCCAGUAGGGCAAAUGGGAACCCGCUUGAACAGCGAAACGGAGACGAAUAUACGUGGCCGCUACCCUUAGGUUUACAGACGCGUGCUUCUAGCUACUCGGUAUUAAAGCGGAGGCUUCUCCUGAUCAUUUGCCAUGGCAAUAAAAAUUUCUUCUUAUGCUUCUAUUUUAAGGCUUGUCUUAGCUCACCUCUCUCUAUUGCGCUACUUUCCUCGUUUUGCUCUUUCCUAUGGCCAACCAUGUCAAUUCUAUCUGCCUUCAAUGGAUUGCUACGUAUGCACUGACUGUGUACGAUUCAAU